UACUGGUGAGAAAGUAGAUCAGGGACAAUCCAAAAACAACCCCCAAGACCCAACGCUUCCUCAAGAGUCUACGUAACACCAUGGAGACGUUCUUUGGAAUAUGUGCCAGGUCCAGUUUUGGAACACUUGCUGACAGACUGGGUGCCAUGCAGAGAAGACACAGCAGCAACACAGAUGGCAUGCCACCAGAGAGGAACAGGAGCCAAACACUAGGCUCUGAAAGCAGCCUUGAUGAAGGUGGAGUAUUUGACUGCCUCAAGCCAGACUCUCCCACAACCCCUCAGCAACUCUUCUCUGGAUUGGUCGGGGUGUCGUCUGGCGCGGUGACCUCAGCACCCUUCCAGGCUGCCGGGCUGGUCUUGGGCUCGCCUCCAGACGUGUUCAUCCAGAUGACCACGUCCUCCAGGGAGGAGGGUUCCCACCGCACUGAGAGCCAGCCAUUCCUGCCUCGCCAGGCCCAGCACCAUCAUCACCAUCACCACUUCCAUCAGGCAUCGCAGAGCCGCUCCUCGUUGCUGCACUCGGCCUCUUCCUCCGCCACUGACCGCCACAGCAGCCGGGACGAGGGGGGCGAGGACCCCUCCACCCCUGCGCCAGCCCUCUCGGAGCUCAAGGCAGUGGUCAGCUGGUUGCAGAGGGGCAUCCCCUUUAUCCUAAUACUCCUUGUCAAAGUCUGUUUCCAGCAUAAGUUAGGUAUUUCUGUAUGCAUUGGAAUGGCAAGCACAUUUGCCUUUGCCAACUCGGCUCUGAAACACCAGGUGUCUUUACGGGAGGAGAGGUCUGUGUUUGUCACGCUAUGGAUCGUGGUUUUCCUUGCAGGGAACAUUGCGUAUCUGUAUUACACGUUUAGUUCAGAAGAGCUCUACAACAGCCUUAUAUUUGCCAAGCCAAGUAUCAACAGCUUUGACUUCUUCGAUCUCAUCUGGGUGGUUGGCAUCACUGAUUUUGUCCUGAAGUAUAUCACCAUUGGAUUCAAAUGCGUCAUUCUGUUUCUUCCCAAAAUCCUCCUGGCUUUCAAAUCCAGGGGGAAGUUCUAUUUGGUCAUUGAGGAGCUGAGUCAACUAUUCCGGGCUUUGGUGCCCAUCCAGUUGUGGUACAAGUACAUUAUGGGGGAAGACCCUUCAAACAGCUAUUUCCUUGGUGCCAUGCUGAUAAUCAUUUACAGCCUUUGCAAGUCCUUCGAUGUCUGUGGGAGAAUAUCAGCCAUCCGCAAAGCUUUGGUGGUUCUGUGUAGCUCUCAGAGUUACGGUAUGAGGGCUAGCAGCCAGCAGUGCACUGAAGCAGGAGACGUGUGUGCCAUCUGCCAGUCUGAGUUCAGAGACCCUGUGGCUUUGCUCUGCCAGCAUGUCUUCUGUGAGGACUGUCUGUGCCAGUGGUUUGAUCGAGAGCGAACAUGCCCGUUGUGUCGCUCGGCAGUCAUUGAGACGGUACGCUGCUGGAAGGAUGGCACCACCUCGGCACACUUUCAGAUCUAUUAGCCGCUUCUAAACAUUCCCUAGAGCUCUGGCACAGAACUGGACAUCUCCUGUAAUCGCAGGCUCAUACAUUUAAGUCACUGGUUGUUACAUGAAUGUAAACAUUAAAUACUACAAAAGAGACAAGAAACUUCCAUUAAUGUUUCAAAGACGAUAUUGGCAAUGGCUACCUGGUACAUGCAUUCCUCAUACUGAUCUGCACAUUAUGUGGCUCUGUUGCAGUAUUGCACUGUUAGUUUUGUAUUUGCCACUCACCUGAGCAAUUAAAAUGUGAACACAACAUUGUUUGAAUAUUAACAGUAUUUUUUAUUUGAAAUCAUUAUUGACCAUUAUAUUAUUUAAGCUACUCAAAACCGUAAAUAAAAUGGCAAGUUUCAGUGUU